ACAGUCAAUGAACACGAAACAAGCAUGAUUUCCGGAAUGCAUGGUAAUUUAUCUGGAGGUUACGAAAUCAUGGAAAUUAUGCCUUACACCCGGUUUGGGAUUUUUGAGACGGGUCAGAACACUAUAAUG